AUGGCGCCGAUCGCGCUGGCUGCUCGAACGCCCGCCCUCCUUCGAACCGCUACUCGACGGGCCCCAGUUCCUGCCGCCCGCUCGGUCAGGACCUUCACAGUUGCAUCCUCCAAUGCCUCUGCCAGGUUACAGGCCCAGGCCCAGCAGCUCGUCCAGAAGCGCAACUUUGUGAGCAGCGCCAGAUGUCUGGCCGCCGCCGCCACUCAGUCCGCCCCAGACCCAAAGGCGUACCUCGAGAGCGGCGUGGUUAAGCCCAAGGCGAGCGUCGACGUCAAGAAGGUCCUUGUCAUUGGAUCUGGCGGUCUUGCCAUUGGCCAGGCCGGAGAGUUCGACUACUCAGGAUCCCAGGCCCUGAAGGCUCUCAAAGAAGCUGGGGUUGCCUCGGUGCUGAUCAACCCCAACAUCGCAACCAUCCAGACGAACCACUUCAUCGCCGAUGAAAUCUACUACCUGCCCGUCACCCCUGAAUAUGUCACAUACGUUAUCGAGCGUGAGCGCCCCGAUGGCAUCUUCCUCUCCUUCGGUGGGCAGACGGCCCUGAACCUGGGUGUCCAGAUGCAGAAGAUGGGCAUCUUCGAGAAAUACGGCGUCAAGGUCCUGGGAACCAGCGUCCGGACCCUCGAGCUCAGUGAGGAUCGCGAUCUCUUUGCGAGGGCCCUGGAUGAGAUCAACAUCCCCAUCGCUAGGUCUAUCGCCGUCAACACGGUCGAGGAAGCAAUAGACGCUGCGAACAACAUCGGUUACCCUCUGAUCAUUCGAGCCGCCUAUGCUCUGGGUGGUCUCGGAUCCGGUUUCGUCAACAACGAGGAGGAGCUCCGCAACAUGGCUGCUCGCUCGCUGACGCUAUCCCCCCAAAUCUUGGUCGAGAAAUCUCUCAAGGGCUGGAAAGAAGUGGAGUAUGAGGUCGUCAGGGAUGCCGAGAACAACUGCAUCACUGUCUGCAACAUGGAGAACUUCGACCCGCUGGGGAUCCACACUGGAGACUCCAUUGUUGUCGCGCCCAGUCAGACACUCAGUGACGAGGAAUACCACAUGCUUCGGUCAGCAGCCAUCAAGAUUGUCCGUCACCUGGGCGUUGUUGGCGAGUGCAACGUCCAAUAUGCUCUGCAGCCGGACGGCCUGGACUACCGUGUGAUCGAGGUCAACGCUCGUCUGUCUCGUUCCUCCGCUCUUGCAUCCAAAGCGACGGUAAGCAGCUUCCGAGCGAAGAUUGGUCUUGGACACAGCUUGCCCGAACUCCCCAACGUGGUGACAAAGACCACCACAGCAAACUUCGAGCCUUCUCUUGAUUACAUCGUCACCAAGAUCCCUCGGUGGGAUCUUGCCAAGUUCCAACAUGUUAAGCGCGACAUUGGCAGUGCUAUGAAGUCUGUUGGUGAGGUGAUGGCUAUCGGCCGUACCUUCGAGGAGUCCUUCCAGAAAGCCAUCCGCCAGGUCGACCCCAAGUUCGUUGGUUUCCAGGGUGACAAGUUCGAGGAUCUCGACUUUGAGCUCCAGAACCCUACUGACCGCCGGUGGCUCGCCGUUGGCCAGGCCAUGCUUCACGAGAACUACUCCGUUGACAAGGUCCACGAGCUCACCAAGAUUGACAAGUGGUUCCUUCACAAGCUGCAGAACAUUGUUGACAUGACCAGGGAGCUCCAAGCCAUUGGCCGUCUCGAGGAUCUCAAGAAGGAUAUCGUGCACAAGGCGAAGAAGCUCGGUUUCUCCGACAAGCAGAUCGCCAACGCCGUGAACAGUACUGAAGACAAGGUCCGCAGCCUUCGUCUGGAAUACGGCAUCCGGCCAUGGGUCAAGAGGAUCGACACACUUGCCGCCGAGUUCCCCGCCGACACCAACUACUUAUAUACUACGUACAACGCCUCGACUCACGAUGUCACCUUCGAAGACAAGGGCACUGUCGUCCUGGGAAGUGGAGUGUACCGUAUUGGUAGCUCCGUGGAGUUCGAUUGGUGUGCCGUGAGCGCUACGCAGGCCCUCCGAAAGAUGGGACACAAGACUGUGAUGAUCAAUUACAACCCAGAGACCUACUCCACCGACUUCGAUACCGCUGAUAAGCUGUAUUUUGAAGAGCUCAGCUACGAGAGGGUGAUGGACAUCUACGAGCUGGAGAACGCCAGCGGUGUCGUCGUUUCGGUUGGCGGCCAGUUGCCCCAAAACGUAGCACUGCGUCUCCAGGAGACUGGCAAGGCCAACGUUCUCGGCACAGAUCCCAAGGAUAUUGACCGCGCUGAAAACAGACAGAAGUUUUCCGAGAUCCUGGACAGCAUUGGCCUGGACCAGCCUGCAUGGAAGGAGCUGACCUCCGUCCAAGAGGCUGAGAAGUUUGCAGAGCAAGUCGGCUAUCCCGUGCUUGUCAGGCCUUCCUACGUCCUGUCGGGAGCUGCGAUGACUGUGAUCAGGAGCAAGGACGAGCUCAAGGAUAAGCUCGAGGCUGCAAGCAACGUGUCGCCUGAUCACCCUGUUGUUAUCAGCAAGUUCAUCGAAGGUGCACAAGAGAUCGACGUCGAUGGUGUUGCUUCCCAGGGCAAGCUUAUCGUGCACGCCGUGAGUGAGCACGUUGAGCAAGCAGGUGUUCACUCCGGUGACGCCACUCUUGUCCUGCCUCCCCAGGGCCUCGAUGACAAGAUCAUGGCACGGGUCAAGGAAAUCGCCGAGAAAGUGGCGAAGGCCUGGAAGAUCACUGGGCCUUUCAACAUGCAGAUCAUCAAGGCGCAGGACCCCGAGGGUGGUGAGGAUCAGCUCAAGAUCAUCGAGUGCAACCUGCGUGCCUCCCGAUCCUUCCCCUUCGUCAGCAAGGUCCUCGGAACAAACUUCAUCGACGUGGCUACCAAGGCGCUCGUCGGCGAGCAGGUGCCAGACCCCACCGACCUUAUGGCUGUCAAGCGCGACUACCUCGCCACCAAGGUUCCUCAGUUCUCGUGGACCCGUCUUGCCGGCGCCGACCCCUUCCUUGGCGUUGAGAUGGCUUCCACGGGUGAGAUGGCUUGCUUCGGUAAGGACCUUGUCGACGCCUACUGGGCCAGCAUGCAAUCGGCAAUGAACUUCCGCAUGCCAGAGCCAGGCGAGGGUCUCCUCUUUGGCGGUGAGCUGAAGAAGGAGUGGCUCACCAAGAUCGUCGACUACCUGUCGCCCCUCGGUUAUAAGCUGUUUGCCGCCGACAACGAGGUGAAGCAGUUCAUUGAGUCCACGUCCAAGAACAAUGUGAAGGUUGAGGUGAUUGAGUUCCCCAAGGAGGACAAGCGGGCUCUCCGUGAUGUGUUCAAGAAGUACGAUAUCCGCGGAGUGUUCAACCUUGCCCUGGCCAGAGGCAAGACUACAAUGGACACAGAUUACGUUAUGCGGAGGAACGCUGUUGACUUCGGUGUGCCCCUGUUCAUGGAGCCACAGACUGCGAUUCUCUUCGCCCAGUGCAUGAGCGAGAAGCUGCCCCGGCCCGAGGGCAUCCCAUCUGAGGUCCGUCGGUGGUCUGAGUUCCUCAAGGGCAAGCCUUUGUAG